AUGGAUGGAGCCACGGCUCUGAGCAAGUGUCUGUUUAGCCAGGAGCUGGAUCCAAACUCUGGCUUGCUUCCUCCUCUGUCCCAGGCUUGCUGCUUGCCAAAGCCCUGUAUGGAAGGUGAGAGAAGCCCAGCCCCCCGAGAGAAGGGCAGAGACUCUCCCUUUGCCUGGAGCCCCGGCCCCAGCUCCAGCUUCGCCGACCUUGACUGGUCUUGGGAUGAGAACAUCCAAGCAAAGAGGGCCAGGGUGGAGACCAUCGUCCAAGGCAUGUGCCUCUCUCCUCACACUCCGGCUCCGGCGCCCGGCAAGGCCCGAGCCAGGGACGGCGCCUGUUGCCCAGAGAAGGCCCGGGAGCGGAAGAGGAAGCAGAGCCUCCCCAUGCAGCAAGGCCCCCUGAAGCCAGGCCCUGCCGGGGACCACGGCAGCCGGAAAGGGGGCCCUCGGGUAAGAGAACAGCUCCAUCAGCUGAAGCAACAGCUAAGACAUUUACAAAAGCACAUCCUGCGGGCUGCUGAGCCCAGGGACACAGCCCAGGACCCAGGGGGCUCCGAGACGGACAAGGGCCCUCUGAGGGCACAGCAGAGGAAUGGUUAUGGACAUAGGCCCCGGGCUCUGGACAGUGACCACUACCAGGGUUCCCGUGGGGACUACCCCAAGGAGAAACAACACAGAGCCUCUGAGGCGGAACACCAGUCUGAGGAGCGCAGGUUCCUUCCCUGUGGAACACGGGCUUUGCUGGAGAUUCUGAGGAAGGAACUGACCGGGGCAGUGUCCCAAGCUGUGGACUCAGUAUUACAAAAGGUACUGUUGGAUCCACCAGGCCGCCUGACUCGGCUGGGCAGAAGCUUCCAGGAGCUUGUGCCAGAGGGGAGAAGUGAGCCCUCACCUCCUGAGAGAGGUGCCUGCAAAGACCUAUUUCCACCGGCCACUUUGCCCAGGAGGGCCCAGUCACAGACCGGGCUCCUGUUGCAAAACUUCUCACCGGCCAAGUCUCUGGACCCUCCCAGGUACCCUGUCUCUCUGAGGAUGAUCCCCACACCCUAUCAGGGUCCCCCAGCAAACUGUCCUUUGACUGCGCCUUCCCACAUCCAGGAAAAUCAGACUCUUGGCCAGCUGCUGGGUCACAGACCCAGUGGUCACUGGAGCAGCAGUCUUCCCCACGACUCAACUCCCCAAAGUCAUUGCUCCUCAGAGUCCGGCCUGCGACCGUGGGGAGCGGUCAAACUGCGGCCAUCGGUUCUGAGCCAGCAGCAGUACGCCUUGCCCUUCCCUUCCCCCCGUCUGGAAAGACUGCCCGUUCUUCCCUCGGUGAAGAUGGAACAGGGCGGCCUGCAGGCUGUCCCCGAUGUGCUGCCUUUUCCUUCACUGCAUACCCAGGAGGGCCUAAAUCCUGGUCACUUGAAGAAGGCCAAACUGAUGUUUUUCUUCACACGCUACCCCAGCUCCAACCUCUUGAAGGCUUACUUCCCCGAUGUCCAGUUCAACCGCUGCAUAACCUCCCAGAUGAUCAAGUGGUUCAGCAACUUUAGGGAGUUUUAUUACAUCCAGAUGGAGAAAUUUGCCCGGCAAGCGACUACAGAUGGUGUCACAAAUCCCAAGAUGCUGGUGGUACUCCGUGACUCAGAGCUUUUUCGAGCUCUCAAUAUGCACUAUAACAAGGGAAACGAUUUUGAGGUCCCAGAUUGCUUCUUGGAAGUUGCCAGCUUGACGUUACAGGAGUUCUUCAGGGCUGUCUCCACGGGGAAAGACUCAGAUCCUUCCUGGAAGAAACCCAUUUAUAAAAUUAUUUCGAAACUGGACAGUGACAUCCCAGAGAUAUUCAAAUCUUCCAGCUAUCCCCAGGAGCUGUUUCGGAAUUAAGAUCCCACAAAGUGUGGAGCAACUGGCCAAGGUUUCCUAGAUUUGUCUUAAAUGACAGUCAGUAUAGUUGUAGUCAUAGAAAAAAAAAGGGGGGGGGAGCAUAAGGAGAACCCCCCACAGGUAACAAUGGCCAUUUCUGAUCAUUUAUUUCCUUUUUCAGAAUCCUCAGAGUCUUAAACCUAACCAUAAAAUAUAUCAACCAAACGUAAUGGUGUGCUGGUAGCAUAUUAUAAAAGGGACACAACAGUUUGCAGUUGGAACUGAAAUCUCCAUUGUUUCCCGGUGUUGGGGACCUUGGGACCUUGCCAGCAUUCUGCAUCUGCAAAGCCAGGUCGUGAGGACGAAAAGAUAUUCUGACCUCAAGGCCUCUGUGAACUGUUACUCACUACACAGGUGUUAGUUUUCUCCCCCUUGGCUUUCAGAUGAAGUUAUCUCGUGUGUGUUUUGUUUUCACACAUUCCCAGUUCUAGUUACCUAUUUAUUGAGCUCCGCCUGUUGGCUAGACAUGUGCAAAGACAUUAUCUUUAAGCUUUCCAGUUGGAAAAGGAGAUGUUAUCUUCAUCUGAAAGAUAACCGAACCCAAGUUGGAGAGCUGUGAGGCAGCUUGCGGAAGUAUAAGGCUCGGGCGCUUGGGUCGGCGGGGAUGGUCAGGAGUCUGGAGGAACCCGAGCCCUUCUGAUGCCGGACUAUAUGCAGGACCACCUCAUGCUGCUUUUUGUGAUCUCAAACAGGCCACUGUCCCCAGGAAGCAUCCAGCACUAAUGGGGCACUGUCAUCUGACACCCUCUGCCUAGUACUCAGGAAUGCCUCAUCAGCCAGGAUUUCCGCUGAUCGUGCCAGCAUGCAGAAAACAAACUUUCUGCUGCCCUUGAGCUCUGCUGUUCAUUCAUUCGUUGGCUGCGAGUUUAUCAGCGGGACAACCCAAGUAGGUGCUAGAAGACCAAAGCAGUUGAUGCCCCAACCUCUUACAUGCAGAAGAAACUGAACGUCAGACCUGGGAGCUGGAAGGGGCCUUAGGAGAUCAUCUGGCCCGCCCUGCCUUAGUUAGGAAGGAGGGAACUGAGGUCCAGACGGGACCCUUGCACAACCUGUGCAGAGUCCCACAGACGAUGAAAGGCAUAACUGGGAAGAAUAGAGCAUGACACAUGGAAACAGAAAUUCUCCCACUCCAUAUGGAAACUAUGGUCAAUCUUUCAGAUGAAAGAAUUCAUGAAAUCAACAUUCCGCCCCUACUGGCCCAACACAAAGUGCGACUGAUUCCGAGUGUCUAGGCAAGACCUGUGCAAAGCUGAGUCACUGCACCUGUCUUCACCACUAGGGGGGGUCAAGUCUUGUAAGCACUGCAAAGGUGUGCAAGCUGGGGUGGGGCCACGCAGAGCUCAGGGCCUGCCCUUCUAAGGAAUGUCUGUGACUUCAUUAGCUUACU